AUGGCGGCCAGUGGGGAGACCAGAAGCUACUAUCAGAUGAACUGGAGCCGAGCAGAGGCCGCUACCCAGCAGGUACUCAGCAGUAAGGGCAUCAGAGUGGUCUCGAAGAACGGUCAGAGGGUCUAUGGGCCUCCAGCAGGCUGGGAGAGGCCAGAACCACAGCGAGGGUCUGAAGUCUUUGUGGGAAGGCUGCCCAGGGACCUCUAUGAAGAUGAGUUACUGCCAGUCUUGGAGGUCGUUGGUGAGGUCUACCUCCUGCGCCUCCUGAUGGACUUCUCAGGUACCAACCGUGGGUACGCCUUUGUUAGGUACGCCAGCCCAACGGUAGCCCAAGCUGCCGUUGAACGCCUUAACAGGUACGAAAUUCGCCCCGGGUAUUACAUAGGGGUACGACUGAGCGUGGACAACAGGUGCUUGUAUUUAGGUAACAUACCAGGCAACAGGAACCGCCAGGACCUCCUGCAGGAACUGCAGCACCUAACGGAGCACGUCACCAAGGUGACUAUGCACCGGCAUCUACCUGAUCGGCCCAGGAACUACGCCUUCGUAGAAUACGAGACGCAUCAGGCAGCAGCUAUGGCCAGGAGGCGCCUGUUUUCUCUCGACCAGACACUCUGGAGGUCGACAAAGGUGGUUGUCGACUGGGCUAGACCUCUGGUAGACGACCUCAACAAGGAUAAGGUCAGUGCUGACUUCUCACAACUGAGAGCACCCAGGUUAGAUCCCCGUAGUGGUAAAAUUUCUUAUUAG